AUGGAGCUCAUCGAGAGGCUGAUGGAGCUGCAGGCCCUUGGCGACCAGUAUAAGGUGGACCAGGUGGAGCCUCGUCUGAGAGGCGUCCUCGCAAAGUGUGGGUUCCUGGAUUCGGAUCUGGACUUGAAGGUCGGCAACUUCUCCGGCGGCUGGAAGGUGCGAAUGGGGCUUGCCAAGAUAUUCAUGAACUCCCCUGACGUGUUGCUGCUGGACGAGCCGACCAAUCACCUGGACUUGGAGAGCGUCGAGUGGCUCGAGACCUUCCUCAUCAAUCAGGACAUUCCUGUCGUGGUCGUCUCGCACGACCGAGAGUUCAUGGACCGGGUCUGCAACAAGAUCGUCGACACCGCCGAGGGCAUGACGUACUCUUACAAAGGGAACUACACUCAGUUCCUCGAGCAGCGGGAGGAGAAGAUGAGGAUCUGGAAGGCCAAGUUCAGACAGCAGUGCAAGGAGGUGUCGGCCAUCGAGAAGUACAUCAAGGUGAACAAGGGCAAGCAGGCCAUGUCGCAGGCCGUGGCGCGCCGGACGAGGGAGUUGGAGACCAGGCGCAAGAGCAAGGAUUGGAUGGACCCACCGCCCAGGCUGCUGAAGAGGAUCAAGUUCUUUUUCCCCGAGCCUCCCGUGCAGCAGCGCGGCAGCCGCAAGAGUGUCACGCUGGCGGCCUUGAACAACACGACGCACGGCUACGGCGACGGCAUCGACAAGGUCCUGUUCGACGGCGCGACGAUGACGGUCGACUACGGCGACAAGAUUGGGAUUGUGGGUGCCAAUGGCGCGGGCAAGUCAACUCUGCUCCGGCUCCUGCUGGGCAAGGAGGAGCCGAUCAGUGGAUCGCAGAGCAGCGAGGGCAGGAAGCCGUGGCGCUUCCGCUUAUACCCCACAGCCUACAAGCCUGGCACCGUCGUGCUGCGCGAAGGGUUGGCAGAUUUUACGCAGCACCAGGCGGACCUUCUUCCCCAGGACCUCACCACGCUUGAGGCCGUGGAGCAGUCGAACGGCAUGGGGAUGGCCCAGAAGGACUUCCGGGGGCAACAGUCCUUGCAUGCGAGGUCGACCAGCAUCUGGAGAAUCGCAGUGGCAAACGUGGACGCAGCCUGCGGGAAGCAGCACGGCGAGGAGGCCGCGGGCGGGCUGGCGGACCUUAUCGAGAUCAUGAGCAAGUUCCGCUUCAAGGGGAAACGGCUGGAUGUGAAAGUGGGUGCGUGCUCUGGCGGUGAGAAGGCACGCCUGGCAAUCGUCAGGAUGAUGCUGACGCCCUCUCAGCUGCUGGUCCUUGACGAGCCCACCAAUCACCUCGACGUCACCAUGAAGGAAACUCUCGAAUAUUCGCUUCGUGAGUUUCCUGGUGCCGCCGUGAUCGUGUCUCACGACCGUUAUUUCUUGAGCCAGACUUGCAGAAAGAUACUCGAGGUCAAGAACGGCAAGGUCAGGAUUCACGAUGGAGACUUCAGGUCGUACAUGGAAUCCGACCGCGAGCUCCGCAAGAAGAUCGAGCGCCGCUACUCCGGGGCCAGCGCGGGCAUAUUGCCCGUGCCAAUGAGCGGAGAAGAGGCAAAGGCUGAAUCUCGAGGAGGCUUGAAAAAGUACGCCUAUAAAAGAAGGAUUGCAGCUCAAAUCGCGGCGCGCAACCAGCCCGUCAUCCUAUCGAGGUAG